CUGUCUCUAGCAUGUAGCUGUGUAGAGUCACAGAAGGAAGGGAUAUGUGAUUUUCAUUCUAUUAUUUCCUCACAAUAGCAGCAACAAGAUGCAAGUGCAGCCAGAUCUGACCAGUAGCGAAGCUCAGGCGGAGGCUGCAUUUUGACAAUAGUGGAGAUGUAUUUUCCAUGCACAGAACAUUCCCCGUUUGUUUCCCCUCCCCCAAGUCUGCUGCUAUCUGAUCUAUGAUGUUAUGUGAUCUCUGGGAUACUCACACACAAGUCCCGGGCAUUGCUGCUCAGCUAUGCACAAUGUCUGUCUCUUAGUACCGCUCUCUGCUUUAAAUCCUUUACCAUGUUGCCAUGCUUCCUUUCCUACAUCGCACUCUUUUGCUUCUGCUGUUUGCUCAUUUUACCUCUAGGUCUUCUUUGCCCUUCAGUUUGUACAUGUUUGGACUACCACACAAUAGACUGCAGGGACCAAGGACUUCCAAGCCUCCCGAACCUAUUCCCAUUGGAUAUACGGAAACUCUUGGCAGCCAACAACCACAUACAAUCGAUUCCCGGUGAUCUGCUCUUGUUUUACGCCGAUCUGGUCUAUCUGGAUCUUCGGAACAACUCGCUGACCUCUCUGGAAGAGGGCACCUUCAGCAGUUCCAGCAGACUGGUGUUCCUGGAUUUAAGUUACAACAACCUGACGCAGCUCGAUGCCGGGAUUUUCAAAUCAGCCCAGAAGCUGAUAAAGUUAAGCCUGGGGAACAACAAUCUGUCCGAGGUGCAUGAAGAUGCCUUUGAAAACUUGGACGCUCUCCAAGUGCUGGAAUUGAAUGACAAUAACUUACAAAGUUUGAGUGUGAGUGCCCUGGAAUCGCUGCCAUCCCUUCGGACUAUCCGCUUGGAGGGUAACCCAUGGAUAUGUGACUGCGAGUUUGCCAACCUGUUUUUUUGGAUUGAUGAAAAUUCUAAAAAACUACAGAAAGGUGUGGAGGAAAUUCAGUGCUCCUUAGAGGACCGAAAAAUUUUCUUGCACGAACUGUCAGACAUCAGUUUCAGCGAAUGCAAAUUCAGUUUGUCAUUGACAGACUUUUUAAUUAUUAUCUUUUCCGGAGUCGCUGUAUCCAUUGCUGCCAUUUUUUCCAGUUUCUUCCUGGCUACCACUGUGCAUUGUUUCCAAAGAUGUGCCCCAAGUAAGGAUGAGGAUGAUGAGGAUGAAUGAGGACUACUGUUCACGCACCUGCAUUCUCUGGUGAUAUAUAUAGACACUGUGUAGCUGCACCAUGUGCAGCUACGAUUCCUGUACGAGAUAUAAAUGUGUUGUUUUAUAACACCCCAGAGCCUGUAGUGUACUCAAGGAACAGCUGCUGUAUACUUGCAUUGGUUUUCUCCUAUUUAUAUUUCUCUAGCAAGAAAAGACUACACCCAUUUUGAAAAAAAGCUUAAUAGGGAUUUUCACCUUCAGAUAACUUUUACUAAAUUCAUCAGUUUAGUACAUGGCUUCCUCCUGUGCUUUCCGGCUAUAUUUAAUUUAUAACCAGGUAGAGGUAUUUUAUUUUCAUUGACUUAGGUUGUGAGUCGUGACCCGACUCAGCACAGGUCUCUACAUUCCAUACAACUGUAUCCCGAGAAGAACAUUGCGCUGAAUUCGAUGGCAAUUAAAAUAUAGCAGUUUUUGAAGACAAAAGGUACAGAAGGAUUCUUAGAAGAAAGAACAAACAGUGUAUUAGCAAAUGCUGCAAACCACUAAAUUAAUGUUAUCAGAAGGUGGAUAAAGACUUUAAAUAAAAUUACAUUUCUCUG